UGAGUUAAUUUGCAUUUAUGGUCUUACUUUUUUUGAUUUUUUCAAGAGAAUCCCUAAAUGUUUCUUUAACAUUAGGAGAGUAUAUAAACUGCUUCUGCCACUAAACUGUUCAUAUAAGCUGACACUUCAAAUCAUACCAGAUCUAAACAAAAGAAGAAUUAUGAAGACUGUAUUCGUGUUUCUGUGUGCUCUCGUGGCGGUUUUGGCACGUGGUUUGCCAAACCUUCCAGAGAACGAACGACUAAAACUAGCUGAAGUUCAUCGGUCUUGUCAAUCUAAUCCAAAAACAUUCUGUAACGAAGAUAAAUUGAGAAAUCUUUUCAAUAACAUCAACGACCCUCAAGUGGGCACUCAUAUGUUGUGUAUGGCAGUCAAAGCCGGAUUGAUGAGGCCGAAUGGAGAUUUUGACUUACCCUAUAUGAAACAAAAAAUUGGUUUGGUAGUACGCGAUCCCUCUAAAGUAGAUGGACUUGUUCAGAAGUGUACUCGCAAAGCUGAAAACCCAGGAAAAACCGCCAAUUUGAUGUGGAAAUGUUUAGUUGAAAAUGAUAUUCAAUAUUACCACAAUUUGUAAAUGAAACUAUUCAGAAAAUUUCUGAUAAUAGAAAAUAAAAUUCGACAAAUU